GGUUGGUAGGUACUAUUUUUUAUUGGACGUGCUUUCUUUCAAGCGCAAAGGAACCGUUUCGGUUGCUCGUAUUCAUCCGCGCAGAGCACGGAGGUUCAAAAAGGAGGAACGUCGGCGCCAUCUUAAAGAGGGUCCGUAAAAAAGUCAAGGAACGUGGAAAUCGGUUUUAGCGUCAGCUGGAUAGGUCUUGGUAGUUUCGGGACUAAUUUCCACUUCUCGGUUUGGUUUCGCGUCGUUUCUGUCUUGCAAGAGUUGAGCGCUAACUGCCUAGGUUAGCGAGUUCGUUUGUCUGCAGUAGCUACAAAACAAAAGAUGUCUGGUGGUGGUGUGAUUCGAGGCCCGGCUGGGAACAACGAUUGCCGAAUAUAUGUGGGGAACCUGCCUCCGGAUAUUCGUACCAAGGACGUCGAGGACGUUUUCUACAAGUACGGGGCAAUUCGAGACAUUGAUCUGAAAAAUCGUAGGGGAGGACCGCCGUUUGCCUUUGUGGAGUUUGAGGAUCCAAGAGAUGCCGAGGAUGCAGUGUAUGGACGGGAUGGCUAUGACUAUGAUGGAUACCGCCUGCGAGUUGAGUUCCCCAGGAGCGGCAGGGGUGGAGGUAGAGGAGGGGUAGGGGGAGGUGUUGGUGCCCCUAGGGGCAGAUACGGACCCCCAUCCAGACGCUCUGAAUACAGAGUAAUCGUUUCAGGGCUUCCUCCAAGCGGCAGCUGGCAGGAUUUAAAGGAUCACAUGCGUGAAGCAGGUGAUGUAUGUUACGCUGACGUUUUCCGAGAUGGAACUGGUGUUGUGGAGUUUGUUCGCAAAGAAGACAUGACCUACGCAGUUCGAAAGCUGGAUAACACUAAGUUCCGAUCACACGAGGGAGAGACGGCGUACAUCCGCGUGAAAGUGGACGGCCCCCGGAGCCCAAGCUACGGAAGAUCCCGCUCCCGGAGCCGCAGCCGGAGCCGAAGCCGCAGCAACAGUCGCAGUCGCAGCUACUCCCCGCGCCGCAGCCGAGGAUCCCCCCGCUACUCGCCCCGCCACAGCCGCUCCCGCUCUCGUACCUAAGCUCUGCCGCCACCAUCUCCCACGUGUUGCUCUUCUGGUGGACCCACAGUUGUACUUCGUUUCGUUUUUUUUUUCUGUUUUUUUUUUUUUGCUUUUUACCUUUUUUCUCCCCCCAUUUUAUUAAAGUUUGCUACAGAUUUUUCACUUUUUUUCAUUCGCUGAUGAGCCUGUUGAAGUCUAGUAUGUGGAUGUGUCCCUGUUUUCCCCACCCCCCCAUCACCCUUCCCUGCCUUAUCCGUUUCUUGUUUUGUCGUGCAUAAAAUUGCAUUUUAACUGGCUGUUCAGUCUUUC